AGCUGGACUGGACCAGGCCGACUUCCUCUUCUACAAAGGUGACAGAAGACCCACAUCUGUCAAGGGACCUUUCCUAAGCACCAGGAGGAGAAGGGCCCUACUCUCCCACUCCCUACCCAGCCUCGCCUCCUGCAGCCCUGCCAUGUUCCAGGUUGUUCUGGGUGCUCCUCGGCGGUUGCUGAAGGAAGGGAGAGCGUCCCGGCAGCUGGUGCUGGUGGUGGUGUUUGUGGCUCUGCUCCUGGACAACAUGCUGCUCACUGUGGUGGUGCCCAUUGUGCCCACCUUCUUGUAUGCAACAGAGUUCAAAGACAUCAACUCUUCUUUGCAUAGAAGUCCUGUGAGCUCCCAGCAAACUCUAACCUCUUCUGCCUUCUCCACCAUAUUCUCCUGCUUUGACAACACCACGAUGACUGUAGAAGAACAUGUACCCUUCCGUGUAGCAUGGACAAAUAGCACCAUCCCUCCUCCAGUCACUGAAGCUGGCUCACUACCUAAAAACAACUGUUUGCAAGGGAUAGAGUUCUUGGAAGAAGAAAACGUCCGGGUUGGGAUUCUAUUUGCUUCAAAGGCUUUGAUGCAGCUUCUGGUCAACCCAUUUGUAGGACCUCUUACCAACAGGAUUGGCUAUCACAUCCCCAUGUUUGCUGGCUUUAUGAUCAUGUUUCUCUCCACACUAAUGUUUGCUUUCUCUGGCACCUAUGCCCUGCUAUUUGUAGCCCGAACCCUUCAAGGCAUCGGAUCUUCAUUUUCAUCUGUUGCAGGGCUUGGGAUGCUGGCCAGUGUCUACACUGACAACUACGAACGAGGGAGAGCCAUGGGAAUUGCUUUGGGGGGCCUGGCUUUGGGGCUUCUGGUGGGAGCCCCUUUUGGAAGUGUGAUGUAUGAAUUCGUGGGCAAGUCCUCGCCGUUCCUCAUCUUGGCCUUUCUGGCACUUCUGGAUGGAGCUCUCCAACUCUGCAUCCUAUGGCCUUCCAAGGUGUUUUCUGAGAGUGUCACGGGGACUCCACUUCUGACACUUCUCAAAGACCCUUACAUCCUGGUCGCAGCAGGUUCCAUCUGCCUGGCCAACAUGGGAGUUGCAAUGCUCGAGCCCACACUGCCCAUCUGGAUGCUGCAGACCAUGUGUUCCCCCGAGUGGCAGCUAGGUCUGGCCUUCUUGCCUGCCAGCGUGGCCUACCUCAUUGGCACGAACCUUUUCGGUGUGUUGGCCAACAAGAUGGGUCGGUGGCUGUGCUCCCUUGUGGGAAUGGUGGCAGUAGGUAUCAGCUUGCUCUGUGUGCCUCUGGCUCACAACAUUUAUGGUCUCAUUGGCCCUAAUGCAGGCCUUGGCUUUGCCAUAGGCAUGGUGGAUUCCUCUUUGAUGCCCAUCAUGGGAUACCUGGUGGACCUACGCCACACCUCUGUGUAUGGGAGUGUCUACGCCAUCGCUGACGUGGCUUUCUGCAUGGGCUUUGCUAUAGGCCCAUCUACCGGGGGUGCCAUUGUACAGGUCAUCGGCUUCCCUUGGCUCAUGGUCAUCAUUGGUGUCAUCAAUAUCGUCUAUGCCCCUCUCUGCUGCUUUCUGCAGAACCCCCCAGCUAAGGAGGAGAAGCUAGCUAUUCUGAGCCAGGAAUGUCCCAUGGAAACCCAGAUAUAUGCAACCCAGAAGCCCACAAAGGAGUUUCCCUUGGGGGAGAACAGCGAUUAUUCUGGCAGUGAGGAGUAGCUGAUGCCCGCACCCCAUCCAGAUGACUCCGUAAGGCUUGGAUUCCAGGGACCACCUGUUCACCAGGGACCAGACCACUGUGGGGCAUUCAAUGGGCUUUAUUUUUCCUUUCAGCUAGUUGUCUCCCUUCCUCCCUUCUCAUUGGUGGCUUGCCCUUACUCACCUGUGCCACCUACCACUCUCCCUCUGUGCUUUGAUAGCUUAGGUGGCCCACUUUUUGUGGGAGGACAAUGCUGCUUCCUGCCAAGUGGGGCUGAUUAAAGCUGAGUUGUGACAAGUUCUGCAAGGGCUGACUCACUUCCUGCAGGCAGUGAUGAACAAUGAGCCUGUGGAACCAGAGGGACAAAUGGCAAGCCUUGCUUUACUCCCUGGUUUUCUCUAACAUAUUUCCAACAGGUCAUGAGAUUUGAUUUCUGUCCUGUGAUAUCCCCCCCCCAAAGUUAAGCUUCAAUAUAUAGUCUUUUACUUAUUUAAGAAAUUAUAUAUAUGUAUAUGUAUAUAUAUAUACUCACAUAUAUAUUUACAUGUAGGAGUAUGUGCUAAAAUGACCUCACCCUCAUUAAAUAAGGCCUUACUAAUGUUUUCAUUACGUAAUCAAGAGAAAAUAAGCAGCUUUCUUAGACUUGAGUUACAUCUGUUUUUGUGAUUUCUCAUGUGUAUUUGUAUCUUUCCCGAACCUCUUAUACUCUUAAAAAUAAAACUAGUUUAAGGAUAGAAAACAAAACAGUCAAAUAAACAAACCAAAACUAACCCCAUUAUUAGACUCAAGAGUUCUCUGUGUGAAGCAAAAAGAAACUUGAAAUGUCUCCCAGUGUGUGUUUCCUAAUGCUUGGAGUAGAAUAAGUCGUUCAUUGUUCACACGUGUCAAUGAGUAAGGCAGUAUCCAAUUCAGACAUGAUAAGCCAGAUACCUCUUUGUGGCAGGAGAGGGUGUGUGGGAAAAUGCACUGGGUGUUGUAAAUAGCAUGAAAUUUUGUACAUUUUGAAAUGGUUAUUGGGUGA